CGCUGACAGUCGCUCUAUGAAUGGUUGUCUAUUAACUUGUUCAAAAAGUAUCAGGAGUUGACAAGGGCUCAGGCGAGGAGGGAAAGCGAGUUUGUGUUGAUUCUUCAAGACUAAAAAAAUAAGUUUGUGGGCUCAACAGGACCCGAGAGCGCGUACCUCCUCAGCAAAGUUCCCACAACUGCUAAGGUAACUUCAGCAGCCUGCACUUUGGACUUCUUUGCGUGUUUUUUGUUUUGUUUUUGUUUUUACUUCUGGUGGGGAAGACUUUCACGAAAUCGUUUUAAAUGUAUAACAUGAUGGAGACCGAGCUGAAACCCCCGGUGUCUCAGCCGAACACGGGGGGCACGGGGAACACCAACUCUUCAGGAAACAACCAGAAAAACAGCCCGGACCGGGUCAAGAGACCCAUGAACGCCUUCAUGGUGUGGUCGCGGGGCCAGAGGAGGAAAAUGGCACAGGAGAACCCCAAAAUGCACAAUUCGGAAAUAAGCAAGCGCCUUGGGGCCGAGUGGAAACUUCUGUCCGAGAGCGAGAAGCGGCCGUUCAUCGACGAAGCCAAGCGCCUUCGGGCUCUCCACAUGAAGGAACACCCGGAUUACAAAUACAGACCCCGGAGGAAAACCAAGACCCUCAUGAAGAAGGACAAGUACACCCUGCCGGGCGGGCUUCUGGCGCCGGGCGGCAACGGCAUGGGCGCCGGUGUGGGUGUAGGGGCCGGUUUGGGCUCUGGGGUCAACCAGAGGAUGGACAGUUAUGCCCACAUGAACGGCUGGGCCAACGGAGGCUACGGCAUGAUGCAGGAGCAGUUGGGUUACCCGCAGCACCCGGGACUGAACACGCACAACACGGCGCAGAUGCAGCCCAUGCACCGCUACGACAUGAGCGCGCUCCAGUACAACUCCAUGAGCAACUCGCAGACCUACAUGAACGGAUCGCCCACCUACAGCAUGUCCUAUUCGCAGCAAAGCACGCCGGGAAUGACGCUGGGCUCCAUGGGCUCGGUGGUCAAGUCCGAGUCCAGCUCGAGUCCGCCGGUGGUCACGUCGUCCUCUCACGGCCGGGCCGGACAGUGUCAAACAGGGGACCUGCGGGACAUGAUCAGUAUGUACCUGCCUGGCGCGGAGGUGCAGGACCAGAGCGCGCAGAGCAGACUGCACAUGUCCCAACACUACCAGAGCGCGCCUGUGCCCGGCACGACGAUCAACGGCACCAUGCCCUUAUCACACAUGUAAAUGACUUUUCUACAAUUUGGACUAUUUUUGUACAGGACACUUUGGGGAGGGAAAAGUUGUAUAGCUCUCAAGGAAAGAACACAAACGUUUGCUUUCUAUUUAAAAUGGAACGGUAGGAACUCCACACAGUUUUUCGUUCUGUCGUUCUUUUUUAUUUUCUGGUUCUGUUCUGUUCUCUCUUUUUUUAUUGCAGAAGGUGUAUGAGAUUUGGAAAACUUAAGCGAUUGAGAGUGAAUCAAAUGUUUUAUUAUUGCAAUUGACUUGUGUACAGUAUUUAUCAAAGACACAUAAUAACAACCAGAUUUAAUGUUUGUCAACAGCAGGAAGUUACGUUUUUUAUAAAAGGCAAACAAGAUGGCAAAACUGAUUUACUUCAGUAUAUGCUUCAAAAUUCUGCGAACGCUGGAAGAACGGGAUAAAAAGAGUUUCUCGAUGAAGUACAUAGUAAUAAACCGUUAUUAUUAUUAUUAUUAUUAUGAGUUCUAAAUGACAGAACAAACAGUGGCACUCUCGCAGGUUCGACCUUUUAUUUGAUUUGAUUUGAUCAUUUUCGUUCUCCCAUUCUUCAUCUAUUAGGCAUAUGAAGUUUGUGUUCUUUAUUUUCUCAUGGUUUAUAAAUUUUCUGUACAUUUUCUGUGAUAUUUUAAGUUUUU